AUAGGUUUACAUCAGAUAAACUAACUAAUGACAUGGAAAUAAUUCUUCCACAGAGCAUUAAAGCUUUUUCAAAUUCAAAAACUGUCAUAUUUUAUUCAUAUCAUAUUUCUUCGAAUAAUCCAAAUUCUCAGUAAAAAAGGAAAAAUGGGCGACAUCAAUUUAUCAGAAAUGAAAGCAACUUAUUAUCCUCCUAAAAUUCAACCUGGUUUCAUGGGGGCUCAUGCUCCUAUCAAGUCCGGAUAUGGUUCCAUGUAUGGUUCUGGGAAUAUAAGCUAUUUUCAAAACUUCAGAAAUGAAAAUAUUUCUAGAAUGCAGAUGCCACUAGAUGAAUGGGGAAUUAUGAAAACGCCAUAUACUCCUAGACCAGAUAUUGCAGUUUUGGGUUCGACUAGAGCCAAUAGACAUUUGAAACUACCUAGCACCAAGAUUUCUAUGAACGAUCCACAGCGACAAAAGGAAGUUGACGAGUUUUAUAUAGCAUGCCAAUUCCACAGAGAUCAAUAUAUGGAUCAUUCCCAUAAAUUGCAUCCGUUAGAUUACUUCAAGAAAGGAGAAUUUAUGUAUCAAUGUCCUCCUGAUCCAACCAGUGUUUACUUGAAGAAUCCAGAGCAUUAUGUGAAAUACAAACAACCCCAUGUAUUCCCCCUUACAUUGGAAAGAACUUUACGUACCCCAAGCUUACCGCAUCGUGCCCUCACUGGAACUUACAAUAUAAGUAGCGAUAACAGUUACAAAAGAUAAUUUUAAUCCGUUAAUUCGAAGUGUUUAUAAGUUGCUAAGAAAGUAGAAGGAACAAAUAUAUUUUUAACAUUUCA